AUGUCGGAUCACCCACGUUAUAUUCAUUCCAAUACAAUCCAUACAGCAUUACUUCGAGGUAUUCGUCUUUGUUCAGACGUAGAAGCAUUCGACCAAGAACGAUUAAAUAUUGAAAUAGCCCUACUCUUAAAUGGAUAUCCACCAAAUUUUAUCAAACGUCAUUUAAAACAAUUCUUUAAAAAUCAUAAUGCUACGUCAAUCUAUCAAGAUUUACAUGCAGAAACCUAUAAAAAACUACAUCUACAACUACUUAAUGAAUCAUUAACCCAUCAUACAGGAUCAAAUCCACCAGAAGAACAACAGCAACAAUAUGCACAAACCAACCAACAAUGUCAAACAACCACAUCGAAAAAACAACCAGACAUCAUUAUACAUUACCAAUAUGAAAGCGGUCCAGUAAAAACUUUCAAUUCAGAAUUUCGAAAAAUCUGGAAAAAACAUUUCUGUUACCCAACAUCAUCAAUUAAUAAUGUUCGACUCAUCCUCGGUACUCGAAUCAACAAAACGAUAGAAGACUUACUAGUCAAGAAGAAACCACCUAGGAACCUAUUCCGGAAUCUCGAUUCCACCUCAACAUGACCAAAUGUAAAAAUAUGAAACUAAAACAGUAUUGUUAUACUUUUGUUAUAUUUCUUGUACAUAAACAUAUGAUAUCAGUAAAGAUAUCUGAACAUUAAGAGCAACCAUGUAGACUACUCAACACUUUCAUCAUUAUCAGUUUAAGAAAAUUUCCAUUUCUAUUUUAGAUAACUAUUAUAUAUAUACGACAGAAAAACAAUGAAAACCCACACAAAAUUAUAACAUAAAAUCCACCAAAAAAACAUACCAAGCAAAUGAAAGAUCUACCAAAUUCAACCAAAGCAAAACACAAUAACCAACUCUACUACUAUAAUAUGAAAUCGACAACCCCCAUCAUAAAUCUACAUAAAAAAACGGCCAACUAUAGAUGAACAUGCAACCAUACAAGGUAAGACAAAAACUCUCAUAUAGAAAACAACAACAACAUCCUACGAUACAGAAUUCAGAAAAACGAUACAGAAAACACAAAACUUCCCAUAUAGGAACAACAGACCCCAUAGAAACUAAAAAAAACGAUAUCACAUAUAAAAAGCAAAAGAAACACAGCAGCCUGAAGUUCUAAUACGAACCAAACACAGUUCAUUUCCCAAAAGCAAACGAAUCGGCACCAUAUAUGUUCAUAUAUCCUUCAUAUUAGUUUCAAAAAAUUUCAAUUAAAAAAACUAGACAUUCAAUUCUAUAGUCGACUAAGAUUAUAGUUUAAAGUUAAUUCUAUUUGAAAAUUUUACUUGUGCAAAUGAACAUAAUAUUUAAUUAUUAUAUCGAAAAGUAAUUCCUAUGUUUCAUACAUUUAACUGAAUUACUAUCUAGUAGAUAUAAUAUUAAGUGAUCCACCUGACGAAGUCCCGCCAAGACAGAAACAGCGUUGUCGUGGAACGGCGAUUCGUUCUAAUUCACACCCACCCACACACCCACACCCACACUCACACCCACACCCACACCCACACCCACACCCACACCCACACCCACACCCACACCCACACCCACACCCACACCCCA